CUUGGUGUUGCUUUCUUGGUUUCGACGCCACCAACGCACGCACACACACGCACUCAACGCACUCAUUGCUCCUUUCGUCUCGGGCAUUAUCUCCGCUCGAUGCAGGAUGCAGGAUGCCCUCGCGUCAGUCAGCUAUCCCGUUGACAUCCUGGCCCCGUGGCCUCUUCCAUUCGCAUGUACUCGGUACUCUACAUCUACAAUGUACUCUACAAUGUACUCUGCCAUGUACCCCCUCAUACCGACUAUCCCGGGCAUCUUCGACAAGGCGUUCCAAGCCCCCCCUUCCCCCCAAGUCCAAGUCCAAGUCCUAAGACAUGGGUCCUCUCAUGCAAGUGCAAUUGCGUCGUCGUCCCUGAGACGGCCAUCGGGAUCGCCCAGUGCAUCCUCGUCCAUUCCCAUUCAGGACACCGGCCAAGUGGCUGUUCGCUGCGCUUACUGCUCAGUGUGCUGUCUCGGUUUCCAUCUCUGCACCUUGACCUAUCAUCAUCUUGGCACAUCGUCACCUUGGCUCGUCGCUUGGGCCAGCCGCGAUGCUCCCGUUCAAGCGUCAACUCGCGCGUCACGAGCCAAGGUGCGCCAGAUGCUCCGCCCCGGCCCCGGCUCCUUGCUCGUUCUCAUUCCCCUCCUCUUCUUCCUGUCGCAUGCACGCGCGCCAUACCCAUGGCUGUGAGAUCGACCUCUCGUCCUACAGUACCACGUCAAGAACGCACGCACCAUCCCCCAGGGAUUCGCUGCGUCAGGCCCAUGGCCCUUGCACCCCUGGACAUUCUAGAAGCCUAAUGAUACCCCUUUGGACCUGGCCCCAAGAUGUGAUGAUAUGUAGUUUCCGGUUUCAGGUCCACGCUGUCCACGUCCACGCUGCCCACGCUGCCCACGCUGCUCUCGCUCACAUUGGCACGAGUCUACUACACCUUCCUUCCGCCUCACUUGCAAUGUGCGCUUUGGAGCCUCACCUUUCUGCUUUGCCCCUAGGACCGCACCCAGGUUCCACCCCUCCACCUCUCCUCCACCACUGCUCCUCCUCCUCAGCAAAUAUAUAUUAGCUGGUUGGGCAAGCUCUCUUCCACUCGU